AUGAGCACCAAGAGGUUCACUAUCAGGUCCUGCCCGUCAUCAUCAUCAAGCAGCCCGUCCUCCAGCAGCCCGUCAUCAUCAAGCAGCCCGUCCUCCAGCAGCCCGUCAUCAUCAUCAUCAAGCAGCCCGUCCUCCAGCAGCCCGUCAUCAUCAUCAAGCAGCCCCCCGUCAUCAUCAUCAAGCAGCCCGUCAUCAUCAUCAAGCAGCCCGUCCUCCAGCCCGUCAUCAUCAUCAAGCAGCCCGUCCUCCAGCCCGUCAUCAUCAUCAAGCAGCCCGUCCUCCAGCCCGUCAUCAUCAUCAAGCAGCCCGCCCUCCAGCCCGUCAUCAUCAAGCAGCCCGCCCUCCAGCCCGUCAUCAUCAAGCAGCCCGCCCUCCAGCCCGUCAUCAUCAAGCAGCCCGCCCUCCAGCCCGUCAUCAUCAAGCAGCCCGCCCUCCAGCCCGUCAUCAUCAAGCAGCCCGCCCUGCAGCCCGCCCUCCAGCCCGUCAUCAUCAAGCAGCCCGCCCUCCAGCCCGUCAUCAUCAAGCAGCCCGCCCUGCAGCCCGUCAUCAUCAAGCAGCCCGCCCUCCAGCCCGUCAUCAUCAAGCAGCCCGCCCUCAGUCCCUCUCCAACCGGACUCUUGCUGCCCCCGCGGCGCCUACAGCAGCGCCUACAGCAGCGCCCACAGCAGCGCCCACAGCAGCGCCCACAGCAGCCACCUCAGACGAAAAGGACUCCUCUUGCCAACCUUGGCCUCCGCGGUGUCCGACUCCCGGCCUUGGCUUUAG